AUGUCAGUGGACCAUGUCCAUUUUUCGGCCAACAUCUCCGAUUUCUGCGUCAUUUGUAGGGUUUGUUCCCUCGCAGUUGAUUUUCUGGUCAGGACCGUCUUCGAUACUACCGUCUUCGGCUCCAUGUCAGUACUGGUAGCACUGCUGCCUGUUACCAGGGAUAUCUAUCGGCCUCCCGGUCUAGUUCUGUCGCGUUCAGUCAAAAGCAGAGUUACCUCGGGCAGGAUGCGGUUCUUCACUGCGUACAGACGGGCUUGUCAGUAG